CAGAUGUCUUUCAACAAGAAACAUGAAGAAAAUGCAUAUUUGAGGUCUGAAAUAAUAUCCCUUCAUGAAGCAUCAGAAAAAGCACAGGUUUUGAAUGACCAUCUGACUAGAAAGUGUUCAGAGCUUAACAGAAUGCUUCAGACUGUUAGAAUGGAAAAUACCAGAAUCAUUACUGACCACCAAGCCAUUCUGCAGGAAGAACAGAAAAUGAUGACACAGACAUUUCAAGAACAAAACUUACUGCUGGAUGCUGCCCAUGCCGGUAGCACAAGUGAGCUACAGACUGUUCAAAAUGAGAAAACACAACUCCAAAUGCAUCUGGACCAUUUAGUCCUCGAGCAUAACCAGUGUAUCCAGAAAGCAAAGGAUGCUGAGAAGAGGGCAGCUGUGCAAAAAGAGCUGCUAGAAUCAACUACUGCAAAAUUGCGAAGUGAACUGGAAGCAUCAAUGCAAGAGAAGACCUCUCUGCUAGAGGAGAAAGAAGGACUUCAGAGAGAGGUUAAUAAAACCGAGAACGAAAUAGCAGAAGAAAAAUGCAACUUGGAAAAGGAAUUAGCUAAAAGCAAGGUAGACAUAAAUGCAUUAACCCGCAACCUGCAGACUCUAGAGGAAAAGAAUAAGCAACUGGCAGAUCAAAUUGCUUCACUAGAACUUGAGCAAGCAACUUCUGAUUACCAUUGGGGGUAUAAAAAGUCACUUGUCCAACAGCAGGUGGAAAAUGUCUUGGGGAAAAUUACUGAGAGUAAAAAUAAACUGGCCUGUGAAAAGGGAAGACUACAGAUAAAAGUUAAGCAGCUAAAAGAACAACUACAUUCUUUUACUGAAACCAGUUCACAGAAUGACCAUCUACACAAGUUGAAUAAGGCACUGGAGGGCAAAUAUGCUCAGGUGAAAUCCAUUCGUGAAAAGAAUGAAGGGGAGCUCUCACGAGUUGUGACGGGUCGUGCUACAGCCCUGAAAGAGAGUCAGAAGUUGAAAGGUGACCUCGAAGCUUUGGAGGACAGGGAGAACAAGAAGGUGGGAAACUUUCAGCGACAACUGGCAGAAGCUAAAGAAGACAACUGCAAAGUUAUAGUCAUGUUGGAGAAUGUGUUGGCUUCUCACAGUAAGGUGCAAGGCGUUCUGGAAAAAGUGCAACUAGAGCUUGGACGGAGGGAUUCAGAGAUUGCAGACCUCAAGAAAGAAAGGGCUCUAAAUCAACAGCGGGUACAGAAGCUGGAAGCAGAAGUGGACCAGUGGCAGGCCAGAAUCCUUGUCGUGGAUGCCCAGCACAACAGUGAGAUGGAGCGUCUACAAAAAGCUCUAGAUGUAGCUAGAGAAGACAACAGGAAACUGGCUAUGAGCCUGGAGCAAGUUCUCCAGACAAAUAAUCAUCUGCAAACAAAGCUUGAUCAUGUUCAAGAGAAAUUGGACAACAAAGAGCUUGAGCGACAGAAUUUGGAAACCUUCAAAGAACAGAUGAGUAAAGCAUCCAAAAUAGAAGCAGAAUUGCAUGCUGAAUGCAUAGAUGCUCUAAGAAAGCAGUUUCAAAUUGAGAGAGAAACUGCAAAGAAAGCAGCACAACGGGAAGUGACUGAGCUGAAGAAAGCCCUUGAUGAAGCCAACUGCAGAUCAGUGGAAGUAUCCCGGACCAACCGAGAGCUGCGGCAGAAACAUACCGAGUUGGAAAAGACACUGGACAGCAGCAAGGAGAAAAUAAAGAAUCAAGAGGCCCAAAUUAAGCUCCACUUGUCAGCUAAGGCGAAUAAUGCUCAGAAUAUAGAGAGGAUGAAGAAAAUAGAAACAGAAUUGAGGCAAAUGGAGCUAAUUAAUGAUCAAUAUCAGAAAGAAAACUAUGAACAGUCACUGAGUAUCCAGAAAUUUGUAUCUGAAAUGACUAACCUACAGAAGGAGAUGCAGCUGUUGGCCAAGAGCCAAUAUGAUAUGUCAGCUCAGAAUAAACAGCAAGAGCUGCAGCUUGAGGCAGAGUGGAAGAGGAGGCGGGAGCUGGAGCAUCGGUGCCAGGAAUUGGAAGAAAGUAAUAGACACCUGAAGGAAUGUAAAGAGGCAACAGAGAAUAAACUGAAAGAAGCUAGUGUGGAAUCAGAACAGAAAACAGCUAACCUGGAAGAAGCUGGGCGCUGGUUUAAGUGCAAACUCCAUGGCCUACAGCUUGAGCUGACCAAAAACAGGUUGCAGAGGGAAGACAGGUGGCAGGAAGAGGAGCAAGAUAAAAGGCACAACGGCAUAUCCAAUCAGUCUGCUCUACAUCGAUGGGAGAAUAAAGAGAAACUUAGAUUUGUGCCCAAGAAGUGUCAUUUUGAACCAAAGAGAAAGUGGUGUCCUUGACAGAGGAGCUUCUUCACUUAGAACAGCUACAUCACCCUGAUCCCCUGAGCCCAGCAACUAGGGCUGGGCUGUUUCCACCGUCAUCAGGACAUGAAGUCUUUGAUGUGGACUGAAGAUUUUGGACCUGAGUUUAUCCUUUUAUGAAUUCUUUGAUAUCAAUAGAGAACCACCCCAUCUUUUUUGUCCCUUUCCCCAUUUUCCACCCAAU